AUGUGGCCGCAGCGGCUCCUCCUCGCCGCCCUGCUCUCUCUCACCAUCCUCCUCACCUCCAUAUUCUUCUUCACUCUCCACUACUCUCCUGGAUCGUCUCUCCACUCAUCAGAGUCGUCGCAGGAAUUGGUCCCUCAGCCUACCGAGCUCCGUCUCUUGAUCGGCAUCCUAACCCGCUUCGGCACUAUCGACCGUCGCCACCUUCUCCGGCUUGCAUACUCUGUCCAGCCCUCACCCACUUUCCCUGCCGUCAUCGACGUAAGGUUCGUCCUCUGCAACCUCACCUCGUCAGACCAGCGCCUGCUAGUCAGUCUCGAGAUCCUUCGCUUCAACGACAUCAUCAUCCUCAACUGCUCUGAGAACAUGAACUCAGGAAAGACAUACUCGUAUUUCUCUCAGCUUCCGGCCAUAUUCCCCGACACCGAAAAAUACGACUACGUGAUGAAGACCGACGACGACACGUACAUACGAGUCUUGCCUUUAGUAAGCUCCCUAAGGGCUAGACCACGCCAUGACCUAUACUAUGGCUUUGUAGUCCCCUGCAUGAGCAUGGAUCCAUUUAAGGGCUAUAUGUCAGGAAUGGGGUUUGUUUUGUCAUGGGAUUUGGUGGAGUGGAUCAGAGAGAGUGAGAUUCCUAAAAACAACACAAUGGGGCCUGAAGAUAAGGUGGUGGGAGAGUGGUUGAGGUUAGGGAGUAAAGGGAAGAACAGGUGGUGUGAGAAACCAGGAAUGUAUGAUUAUCCAGGCACAAAUGGGAGGUGUUCCCAUGGUUUGAUAGAGGAAACAGUUGCAGUGCACAGGUUGAAGAGAAUGGACAUGUGGGUGAGGGUCUUUGAGUAUUUUAAUGUGACCAAGGGGGUGAAGCCCUCUAGGAUGUACCAUCUUGAUUGA